UUUAUGUCCUUAUGGUUAAUUGUAUUGACAUCAAUUAAACGGUAACUGAGCCAAAUCCCAAUAUGUGAUUACUCAAUGUGGCCUUUUAGUCCUCAUUUAAAUUUUAACUAAUUUCGUUGUAACUGACUCUUUAGGAUCAGGUUAGGAAACUAAAAUUGAUAUCACAAAGAUUAAAAAUCGUAUAUACUCCAAAUACAACUACUCUAUAAAAUAUUCGGUUUGAGUAUAUUAGAAAAGUUUAAGACAUGUUAGCGAAAUACAAUGAAGUUCACGAAGAACCGUGUUUGCCUGGUCGAAGCCAGCGUAAAAAGGUAGAUAAACAUGGAAGAUUGUCUGCUUUAGAGAAACUCAAACAGCUAAAAGGUAAUAAACACAAAUAUAAAAUUAACCAAUUGGAGAACAUUUAUGAUGAAGUAGAUGAGAGGGAAUAUAGUAAAACUGUCCUGAAGAGGCAAAAUGAUGAUUGGAUUAUUGACGAUGAUGGUCAUGGUUAUAUUGAAGAUGGAAGAGAAAUUUUUGAUGAUGAUUUGGAUGAUGAAAGUAUUCAACAAGCUGCCAAACAUAAAGAAUCAGGCCCAAGGAAAAAGAAAAAGGAAGAUUUAAAGAAAAAGGGAAACAUCAGAUCUAUGUUUAUGAAUGCACCAUCAAAAAAGGAAGCUCUAAGUAAAAUCGAAGAUGACACCAUUUUCGGAGAACUACUUUCUGAAUUGAAAAAUGAGUCCAUUGCAACAGAACCAAAAAAAAAGGUUAUGCAAAAUAAAAUUUGUACAAGUUCAACGCCAAAUGUUUCUUACGUGGACUCGAAAAAAACUAAAAGAGAAGGUGAAAACCUCAAACAUGAAGAGUCAGCACAUAUAAAGAAAAAUGCUACCAUUAACAAGAAUAAAGAAUCCAUUAUAGAUAAGGAAUCAAUAAUUACAGAUAAUACCAACAAAAAUAAUAUUAUUGAUGCAGCAAAGCAAUUGAAUCAUUCUGUUGAAUCUACAUCACAAAAGAGUAAAGAAGUAAAUGUUGAACAUGAAAUGAAUGUAGUAUUUGAGGAAUGCCCAGGAUUAUUAGAACAAGUAGAUUACUGUGAUGUAACAGAUUCUAAAAAGCCAAAAGAUUCGUUUGAACAUGCGAAAAUAAUGGAUGAUGUUGAUUUGCCUAAACAAUCAUGGGAUAAUGAUUUUGGUGUACAGCCGCCUAAUGAAGUUUUAGUUAACUUAGAUACCUUACCACUUAUAACAGAUGAAGCUGGAAAUAAAAUAUUUCGAUUUUAUUGGUGGGAUGCAUUAGAAGAUCCUUAUAAACAACCUGGAGUUGUAUUCCUAUUUGGCAAAGUUUACAUGGAGUCCAUUAAAACCCAUGUUUCUUGUUCUUUGAUGGUAAAAAAUAUUGAGAGAAGAUUCUACCUUUUACCAAGAGAAUAUAUGAAAUGUGAAAACGAAUCUACCUUAGCGGCAAAGCAGGUCAGCAUAACAGACGUUUAUGAAGAAUUUAAUCAAUAUGCAAAUAAAAUGGGCAUAAAAACGUUUCGUUCCUGCAAAGUCUCAAAAUUGUAUGCUUUUGAUAAGGAAGGUGUUCCUACAUAUUCCGAUUAUUUAGAGGUGCGAUAUUCCGCUUCUUAUCCACCUAUAGAUUCAAAUUAUACUGGAAACACUUUUGAGCACAUUUUUGGAUCUUCUGUCAGUGCUCUUGAACUAUUACUUAUUGAAAGAAACAUAAAGGGUCCUUGUUGGUUGGAUAUUAAAUGCCCAGUGCCAUCACAAAAUUCUAACAGUUGGUGUAAAAUCCAAGUCAGUUGCAUGAAAAUGGAAAAUAUUUCUGUGCCUAUGGAACUUCAAAAUACAUCACCCCCUCCAAUGGUAUUGGCAACAAUAAACAUCCGUACAGCUUUAAAUUUAAAAUUGCAAAGAAACGAGAUUUUGAUGGUGGCAAUUCUACUUCAUCGCAAAUAUCAAAUUGAUAAAACGCCACCUAAGCCACCGUUUCAGCAACAUAUUUGUUUGGUAACUCAUCCUCGAAGCACCACCUGGCCACUGCAUGCUCGGGAUUACCUUUCAAAACUUCAACAAACAAAAGUGAUAUGUUGCGAAACGGAAUAUGAUUUAAUUGAAAAAUUGCUGGAACUGCUAAAUGAUGCUGACCCUGAUUUAUUAGUUGGUCAUGAUUGUGCAUUUCAACUGGAUGUCUUAAUACAUAGAAUUAUCGACUUGAAAAUACCACAUUGGAGCAGGAUCGGUAAACUAAAACGUUCAGUGCCUCCACUUUUCAAGAAUAAGGUCAAUUUCACUCAAGUAUGUUGCGGUCGUCCAAUUUGUGACAUUCAAAACUCUGCUAAAGAAUUGAAUUUGAAACUUCGAAGCUUCGACUUAAAAUCACUCUGCAUAGCGAUUUUGCAUAAAAAGGAGGAUGACUGUAAAGAGAUUAAUCCCGUAGAGUGUGAAAAGUUUUACAGUUCAAAAGAAAAAUUGGAAGAUCUACUUCGGAUGACGAUGACUGAAGCAUCAUAUAUUAUCACAAUCAUGUUUGAACUGAAUGUUAUGCCUCUUGCUUUACAACUGACCUGCAUAGCUGGAAAUAUUUUGUCUCGGACGCUAUCGGCUGGACGUGCAGAGCGAAAUGAAUUUCUGUUAUUACACGCCUUUAACAAAAAAGGAUAUAUCACGCCAGAUAAAAGACUGGUUCAGAACGACAAAGGAAAGCGACGAAAAAAGAAAGCAGCUUAUGAGGGCGGCUUAGUUUUAGAACCAAAGAAAGGUUUCUAUGACACGCUUAUUUUACUAAUGGAUUUCAAUUCUCUCUAUCCCAGUAUUAUUCAAGAAUAUAAUUUAUGUUUUACGACCGUUCCUGGGGCUGCCUAUGCUGAUAGCGCGGAUUUAAUAAUUCCCAAAGAAAGUUUAGAACCAGGAAUCGUGCCAACAGAAAUACGUAAAUUAGUUGAAAGUCGUGUUGAAAUUAAGAAACUUAUGAAAUCUCCAUAUAUUAAACCUGAAUUAAAAACGCAAUAUAAUAUCAGGCAACUUGCUUUGAAGUUAACUGCAAACUCCAUGUAUGGAUGCUUGGGAGCCACUCAUUGUCGAUUUUAUGCUAAAGGCUUAGCUGCCUUAGUAACUGCAAAAGGACGAGAAAUCUUACAAAAUACAAAGCACUUGGUAGAAAGGUUAAAUUAUGAAGUAAUUUAUGGAGAUACCGAUUCAUUAAUGAUUAACACUCAUCUUGUCGAUUAUGAUGAAGUGUUUAACGUCGGCAAAAAAAUUAAAACGGAAGUCAACAAAUUGUAUACGAAAGUGGAACUAGAUAUCGAUGGUGUAUUCCGCUAUUUGUUGCUCUUGCAAAAAAAAAAGUACGCUGCUGUUACGAUCAACAAAUUGCCGAAUGGUCAAUUAAAUAUGGUUCAAGAGCACAAGGGUCUGGAUAUAGUGAGACGAGACUGGUCCCAUUUAGCUUGCGAGGCUGGCAGAAAUAUUCUGGAUCAACUUUUCUACGAUAAAUCUCUGGACAUGAAAUUGGAAAGCAUUCACGAAAUCUUGCAAAAUAUUGCAAAAUCUGUUCGAGAAGGUCAAGUGCCUCUAUCAUCACUUGUUAUUACAAAACAACUUUCCAAGAAUCCGGAAGACUACCCUGAUCAAAAACACCCACACGUUAUUGUAGCACUGAGACUAAACAAAAAGGGCGGAAGAAUGUGGAAAAGUGGAGACAUCGUUCCAUAUAUUAUAUGCAAUGAUGGUACAAAUAAAACAGCAACAGAGAGGGCAUAUCACAUUGAUGAAUUUAAGAAGAAUGAUACGCUAAAAGUGGAUACUGACUAUUAUCUAAUGAAUCAAAUAUUUCCUGUCGUUCUGCGUAUUUGCAAUCCCAUACAGAGUAUCGAUGAUGUCCUGUUGGCAAAGGAUCUAGGUUUAACACACAUUUACAAGUCUAGACGAACCAUCCACGAGGAGCAGGAUAUUGAAAUCCCUUUAUCAUUGAAUGAAGACAGAUACAGAUACUGUGUUCCUUUUAAGUUCAAGUGCCGCAAUGAACAAUGUCUAGCUGAAAUCACGCUUACGGAUGUAUUAGUUGAAUUUCAUUCUAAGAAUCAGCCAGCAUUAUUUGCCUGUUCCAAUGUCAAUUGCCAUGUACCACCAUGGACAUAUGCUAAAGCUAUUCAAAACGACUUACAGCUUGCUAUAAGAAACGCUAUUACUGAAUAUUAUAUUGGUCACAUUGAAUGUGAAAGUCCAAUUUGUGGUAACGUGACACGACAAAUGCCAAAUGAUUUUGAUAAGAACUAUCCAAAAUGCGAUCAAUGUGAUGAUGGUGUUAUGCAUCGAAUUCACUCAGAAAUAAAACUGUACAAUCAGUUUUGUUUCUAUCGUCAUAUGUUUAAUAUACACCAGCCACAAUAUAAGUGUUUUGUAACACCGACGACACGGGGCAUGAUAUCUGCAUACGAUGCUCUUAAAGAAUUCGUUGAAAUGCAACUUAGACGAAAUGCCUAUUCAUUGGUUGACUUGAACGUAGUUUUUGAAAAAAUGAGAUCAAACACUAAGAAAUAAAUAACUGAAUACUACGAAAGCGGACCUCAUCGAAGAUUUUCAACACAUCAUAAAUAUUCAUAUCGUUUGCACUACACACUUUCACGCUUUUUUUUUUAGUAAUUAUACAUAUUCGCAUAUCUUUCAAUACAUAUUCAAUACAUUCUUUGUAAUAGUUAUUAUAUUAUUUUGGAAUGUUGACAGUCUUCUCAAAUAUUAUAAUACUUUAUAUUUGUAAUA